ACAGCAGAAUAGCCAAGCGGCAGAGAGCAGGCUUCAGCCAGGCAUCCGCUUUUCACUGAGCAGUAGGUAAGAGACAAGACAAGUGCAGACAUGGGACAUCUCGGGCUGAUCCGGGCCUUGAUGCUUGUCGUCGGGCUGGCGGCUACCAUGGCCAGGCCAUCCAAGCGUAUGGACCCUACGAAAUACCUGACGAAGUUCGGUUACCUGAACAAGGACAAGAUGAGUAAAGCUAAUGAGAUGACCCCCACCGAGAUGGACAACAUGGUCCGAGACGCCGUCAUGCUGUUCCAAGAAAUGGCACACCUCCCCAUGACAGGGUCACUUGACGAGAUGACCAUGCAGCAGAUGACCAUGCCCCGGUGUGGUGUGGCUGACCUGGGCGAGUUCAGACUGACCGGUCGGAAGUGGGACAAGACUGACCUCACCUACCGUCUGAUCAACACCAGUCCGCAGCUGGACAGGGCUGAGGUGGAGGACGCCAUCUACCGGGCUUUCAGGGUAUGGGAACAGGUGACGCCUCUCCGGUUCAGGAGGAUCACCGGUGUGUCGGAUAUCGAGAUCUCGUUCGUCCAUUUCGACCACGGGGACGGCAACCCCUUCGACGGGCCGGGAGGCACCCUGGCGCACGCGUACUUCCCCGGGGCGGGCAUCGGCGGAGACGCUCAUUUUGACGAGUCUGAACAGUGGACAGUCAGGACGGCACGAGGUACGAACCUGUUUAUCGUGGCAGCUCACGAGUUCGGCCACAGUCUGGGGCUGGAGCACUCCCAGGUCCUAGACGCGCUCAUGUACCCGUUCUACCAGGGCUACGUCGAGAACUUCCAGCUCGACUAUGACGACAUUCUCGGCAUCCAAACAAUCUACGGAUCAAACCCAGGUGACAGCGAACCGACGCCGGCCCCAACACCACCACCUAGCGGAGGUGGCGGUAACCCCAUCCCGCCCAGCGGCAAACCCGACAUCUGCAACACAGACAUCGACACCAUUGCACGCAUCAGGGGAGAAACCUGGGUCUUCAAGGGGAAGUACUUCUGGCGUGUGCGUGACCGUGUGUCCGGCCCAUGGCUCACUAGCAGCUUCUGGAACGGUCUGCCUGAAACCCUGGACCACAUCGACGGCAUCUACGAACGGCCUGACUACAAGAUCCUCAUCUUUAAAGGCCACCGUUACUGGGUGUUUGACGCUAACAAUCUGGAGAGCGGUCCCCACCAAAUCUCCGACCUCGGUCUGCCCAGCAACUUAGACGCCGUCUUGCCAUGGAGAAGCAACGGGAAGACCUACUUUUUCAGGGGAAACAAGUAUUGGCGUUAUAACGAGAGAGAAGGUCGGGUGGAUCCUAACUACCCGAGAGCAUUGAACAUCUGGAGGGGUCUUCCGUCAGACGGCGUCGACGCUGCAGUUCAACUUGAUGACGGGUAUGCCUACUUCUUCAAGGGGCAAGACUUCUACAAGAUGGCUGAGCGUACCAUCACCGUCUUACCAGGUUACCCCAAGGCAGCUGCCCAGGACUUCUUCGGCUGUCAGCCCGAUUCAUUCUCCGACUUCUCACCCCUGUUUGCUGGCUCCGUCCAGCCUGCUGGCCUGUCGUACCACGCCGAGGAUGACUGUCAGUGGGAGCAGCAUGUUUGCGACCUGCUCACCCGUAUGGAAGGCGGAGAGACAGAUCCCUUUGCUCCUUAAUCAAAACAUCCCGUGACAUGUGUUAUGAUUCUUGUACGAAGUUGCAUAAAGAUAUCGGUACAAUUAAUUGAUUGAUGUAUAAACCACCGUCAGUAUUAUCUAUACGUUUUAGAAGUCCAGAUACGUCAGAGAGAGAGAGAGAUAGAUAGAUAAAAAGAUAGAUAUUAAAAUAGAUAGAUGGAUAGAUAUAGACAGAUAUAGAUAUAUAUUAUUAUGUGAUGCGGUUGUAGUCUCUUGUUUGUAAAUACUGUCACAGGAUAUCAUAUUUUUCGCUGAACUGAAUAGAUUGAAAGUUCUAAGGUAUUAACACUGCGAUGUUAGAAAUAAUGUUGAACUACCUGGAAAAUAAAACUGAUGUUUAUAAACUCGACUGAGUGAGUCUAGUUGAACGAUAAUGAUAAAAUGUUAUAGUAUAGCAUAGUAUAGUAUAGUAUAGUAUAGUAUAGUAUAGUAUAGUAUAGUAUAGUACGGUAUAGUAUAGUAUAUCAUAAUUCACGGUUGAACUUCGUAUAUGGAUUGGUUGUUCCUGUAGUCAGUUUUACAUUAAGUUGUUACCAGUAAAUAAUAAUAAAAGUAUAAGCAGA